AUGUUGGCGGAAGCAGAGUGUUUGCUGCUGCUGCUGGAGGUGCUGCAGCAGCUGGGGGCGUUUGUGGGGUCUUUCGAGGUGAAGGUGAACAGCAGGCUGCUGCUGGACGCGCUGCUGCGGCGCUGCGGUGUACAGACAGCCCAGUUUACUGCUGUCUGCUCCUCCAUCGACAAACUCGACAAAGAGCCCUGGGAAGCUGUUGCUGCUGAGCUGCAGCAGCAAAAGGGCGUUGCUGCUGCUGCAGUGCAGCAGCUGGGCAGCUACGUGCGCCGCCGCGGCGACGUCGCCUCCAUGCUGCAGCUGCUGCAGCAAGACGAGCUGCUGCUCGCAGACCCUGCAGCAGCAGCAGCAGCAGCAGACUUCCAGCAGCUCCUCGUUUACCUCCAGGCCCUCAACAUUUCCCAGUUUAUUGUUUGGGACUGGUCUUUGGCGCGGGGGCUGGACUACUACACGGGGCUCAUCUUCGAGGCCGUGCUGCUGCAGCAAAGCAGCAGCAGCAGCAGCAGCACGUGCUGCAGCAGCAGCAUUGCGGGCGGAGGCAGGUACGACGGACUCGUCGGCAUCUUCAGCAGCAAACAAAUUCCUGCUGUUGGAUUUUCCGUCGGCGUCGAGCGCCUCUUUGCCCUCCUCGAGCAGCGCGUGGGCAUUCGCGCUGCAGCAGCAGACAGCAGCAGCAGCAGCAGCAGCAGCAGCAGCAGCAGCAGCGGCCUUUUGGGAGACGGCGUCCGCAGGGACCUGACCGAUGUCCUCGUCUGCAAUAUCGGAGAAGGAAUGCUCCCGUACGCGUUGUCUGCUGCUAGUUUGCUGUGGCGGGGCGGCAUUUGCUGCGAAAUGUUCUACGGAGAAGAAGCAAGACUGAAGAAGCAACUGGACUUUGCUGCUGCUCGCAAAAUGCCGUGGGCUGUUAUUUGCGGCCCCGACGAGAAGGCCCGCGGGGCCGUGCGGGUCCGCAGGCUGUUCCACAGCAGCAGCAGCAGCGAGCAGCAGCAGCAGCAGGA